AUGUCUACGACUCCAACAUCACGGGGUCCCUCCACCCCCCACGGCAACCAUCACAAAGGCCAACGACUCCGCAACUUCAUGCUCCCUAACGGACGAAAAAUCCACAUAGCCCCCUCCCCAGAAGAAGCGGAUCUGCUCCGUCGCCGCCUCAGCACCACAGAAAAAGACCAACCCUUCGACCUCGUGAUCCACGGAUCGGCCGAACAUCUCGACGCGCUGCGCGCCGCACACGAUCAUCAUGAAUCCAAACGACAAGCAUUGAAAGAUAAACAUGGCGAUGCUUACGACGAGAUUGAAAAUGUGAAAUCGGAACUGGAUGUUCUCGUCUCCGAACUUCACAUGUUGACUGAUCAUGCCGUGGCGCUGGAUGCGAAUUUUUCGAAAUAUGGUUAUAGUGCGCAUUUGAGAACGUAUGAUGAUGGGGCGGCUCAGAGGAUUGAGGCCGCUUCGUUGUAUCGUGGGCCUGAUGAUCAUGGGAAGAGGGAUUGGACGGCGGAAAAGAGGAAGGGAAGGAUUAUGAAACUUUAUAAAAAGCCUACCGUUCGACAAUAUUUCCAUCGAGGUUUACUUUGGAGAGCAUCAGGUAGUACUGAAGUUGCCUCAUUUGAGCUCUUCGUAGAUUUAUUAUAUGUUGGUAUUCUCGCUAUCAAUGGAGAUCAUGCCGCGGAGAAUCCUACUGGAUAUGAACUUUUAAGAUUCGUCAUAACGUUUAUCAUGAGUUGGAAGAUUUGGAGUGAUAUAGCUACGAUUGUUUCUUGGUUUGAAACAGAUGAUAUAGCUCAAAGAAUAACUAUCUUGUUUAUCAUGACUUGUUUACUUGGUCUCACAACAAAUAUGUUAAAAGCCUUCGAGAAUACCUACACGAUGCUAAUAGCUUUCUACCUAACCGCACGUCUCUUCAUGGGAUCAUACUUUCUAUUCCUCGCCUGGGUUAUCCCCAUGGUCCGAGGAAUGCUAAUCGCCCAAGCGAUCAUCAUCCUAAUCCCCAGCACCCUCUGGAUAGGAAGUAUCUACAUCGACCUCCCACAACGAUUCGCCAUCAUCGCCGUGGCCAUCUUCAUCGACCUAACAGGAACAGUAGGUAUCGUAUCCAUCAUCCGAGGCACCAAAUACAUAUCCACACGACUAAGCACCUGGGCCGAUCGCGUCUUCGAAUUCUACUCUCGCGACAAACAUCGAGCACAAAACCGAAACGAACAAAUGCAUUUCGUAACAUUAGUUUUUCGGGUUACUCCGUCCAACCUCGUAAUCCUCCUCCCCUUAAUCCCUGCCAAAAACCUAGAUUCCCUCCAUCUCAUCUCUAUCGUCACAGCUCUCGUCCUCUGGGUUUUGAUAUUGGAAUUAUGGGGUUGUAGUUGUGCGGAUGAGACGUUUUUUGGGGAGAGAAGGGGGGAGAGGGAGCGGAGGUGUGUUUAUACUUGUGGGGGGGAGGGGGAGAGGGGGGAGAGGGUGGGUGGGGUGGGGGAGGGUGGGAAGGGUGGGAAGGGGCUGGGUGGGUUGGGAGGAUUGGGUGGAUUGGGGGGGUUGAAGAGGGGGAGGAGGGGGGAUAUGUUGAGGAUUGGGAGUAGGAGUUCAAAUGUGUAA